CAGCUCUGUGAAUUGGGGUGCGGUGUGUUUAUAAAUUGUGAGUAAAAGUUAAAGCGAAAAAUAGUGUAAACUAUUGUGUUUUUGGUGUAAGGUGUGACAAUCUCACCAGAUCACCAUGAGUUACAUGCAGUCUAACCAAAAUAGACCAAUGUCUCAAAGCUACCAUCAGGGUCCCAAUGACCUGCCCAUGCAGUCUUCUAAAGAACAGACUUUACUAUGGCAGCAAAACUCAUACAUGGGAGACUCUGGUAUACAAUCUGGGGCUGCUACACAGGUACCAUCACUGACAGGUAAAGAGGAAGAAGAAAUGGAUCUGUUUGAUUUGGAUCAACCCUAUCAGGGUUUUACUCAAGAGCAGGUUGAUGAAAUGAACAAUCAACUGAAUCAUACUAGGUCCCAAAGAGUUAGAGCUGCCAUGUUUCCUGAAACUUUGGAUGAAGGUAUUGAAAUCCCUUCCACACAGUUUGAUCCUAACCAUCAAACAGCAGUCCAACGUUUGGCAGAACCUAGUCAAAUGCUCAAGCAUGCUGUAGUUAAUCUUAUUAACUAUCAAGAUGAUGCUGACCUUGCUACUAGAGCAAUACCAGAAUUGAUCAAGCUUCUUAAUGAUGAAGACCAAGUAGUAGUAUCUCAGGCAGCUAUGAUGGUCCACCAACUAUCCAAGAAGGAAGCAUCUAGACAUGCUAUUAUGAACAGUCCUCAAAUGGUAGCUGCCUUAGUAAGAGCUAUAUCAAACUCUAAUGACUUGGAGACUACCAAAGGAGCUGUUGGUACCCUACACAAGUUAUCACACCACAGACAAGGUUUACUUGCUAUUUUUAAAAGUGGAGGUAUUCCAGCACUUGUAAAAUUGCUCAGUUCUCCUGUAGAAAGUGUUCUUGUCUAUGCUAUUACCACUCUUCACAACCUUUUAUUACAUCAAGAUGGAUCUAAGAUGGCUGUUAGACUUGCAGGUGGUUUGCAAAAGAUGGUUGCACUACUCCAAAGAAACCAUGUAAAAUUUUUGUCAAUUGUUACUGAUUGUUUGCAAAUUUUGGCUUAUGGUAACCAAGAGAGCAAAUUAAUCAUUUUGGCAAGUCAAGGACCUAUUGAAUUGGUCAGGAUCAUGAGAUCUUACGAUUAUGAGAAGUUGUUGUGGACUACUUCUAGAGUUCUGAAAGUUCUUUCAGUUUGUGCUAGUAACAAACCUGCUAUAGUUGAAGCAGGAGGAAUGCAAGCUUUGGCAAUGCACUUGGGAAAUCCAAGUACAAGAUUGGUUCAAAAUUGUCUCUGGACAUUGAGAAAUCUAUCAGAUGCUGCUACGAAAGUUGAUGGGCUAGAAAGCUUAUUGCAGUCUUUGGUACAAGUAUUAGCAUCUUCUGAUGUCAAUGUAGUGACAUGUGCUGCUGGUAUUCUUUCCAAUCUGACUUGUAACAAUCAACGCAAUAAAGUAACUGUUUGUCAAGUGGGAGGGGUUGAUGCACUUGUGCGCACUAUAGUCAGUGCAGGAGAUAGAGAAGAAAUCACAGAACCAGCUGUUUGUGCACUGCGUCAUUUGACAUCCAGACAUGUGGAAUCAGAAAUGGCACAGAAUGCUGUCAGGCUCAACUACGGAAUGCAGGUUUUUGCAAACACGAUUAUUGUAAAACUGUUGAACCCACCCUCCCGUUGGCCAUUGGUGAAAGCAGUGAUUGGUUUGAUCAGAAAUUUGGCUUUAUGUCCUGCCAAUCAUGCCCCGUUGAGAGAACAUGGUGCAAUACAUCAUCUUGUACAGCUGUUAAUGAGAGCCUUCCAAGAUACACAGAGACAAAGAGCAAGUGUUGCGAGUGGCGGCAGCCAACCACCUGGUACAUAUGCAGAUGGUGUGAGAAUGGAAGAAAUUGUGGAGGGUACAGUGGGAGCUCUUCACAUUUUAUCAAGAGAGUCCCAUAAUCGUGCCAUAAUAAGACAGCAGAUGGUUGUGCCCAUAUUUGUGCAGCUACUCUUCAAUGAUAUUGAAAACAUCCAACGUGUUGCAGCAGGAGUCCUUUGUGAAUUAGCAGCUGACAAAGAAGGAGCUGAGAUGAUAGAACAAGAAGGAGCCACUGCACCCUUGACUGAGCUUUUACAUUCAAGAAAUGAAGGUGUCGCUACAUAUGCAGCAGCUGUUUUAUUCAGAAUGAGUGAAGAUAAACCACAGGACUAUAAGAAACGACUAUCUAUGGAGUUAACGAACUCUUUGUUUAGAGAAGAGAACCUAUGGAAUCCAGACCUAGGGAUGGGCCCUGAUUUACAGGAUAUAUUGAGUCCAGAUCAAGCUUAUGACAACAUGUACGCACAAGGUCCCCCUAGUGUUCACAGCAGCCACGGCGGUAGGCCUUACCAGCAACAAGGGUAUGACCAGAUACCCAUAGAUAUGCAAGGUCUAGAUAUUGGCUCCCAUGGAGGCGGAAAUGGGUCGACCUAUAGCGCAAUCGACGCCAUGGAUGUUACCAGCGGGGAUCCGGAUCUUAACUUCGAUACUAUUGAUCAACUUCCCACCCCUCCUCAAGAUAAUAACCACGCCGCAGCUUGGUACGAUACAGACCUGUAAAUCGUUCAUUUCUAACAUUCGUUUAUAUUUUGUUACGAGAUAAUUCGCUAAUAUUUUUUCAUUUUUAGUAAUACAUGUAGUACAGUACAUGUAAUUUUUCGUUGUUUUUUAAUUAGUGGUGCUAGAUGUUCAUUAUAAAGAAUUGGAACAGUUGAAGAUGAGGCUUUUCUGAAUGAUGAAUUAUACUCUUAUAUCAGAAAAAUGAAAUACGGUCACAAUAAAUUUGAUAGGGAAAGUUGAGAAGUUAUAUUUCCUAUUGUUUUUUUAUAUUAUCAAAGGUAAAAUAAUAGAGAGGUGUCUUACUCACCGCGCAAGUUACAUAUCGAACAACGUUUUUAUAUUCAAAUUUAGUUACUUAACUUUGUACUCAUUUUAUUAGAUUUUUCAUAUACCAAUUUUCAAGGGUACAAGAAUAAAACUGUUUUCUUAAAAUUUUCGGUUCGUUAUAGGAUACGCUCAAUGAAUUUUUAAUAUUCGCAACUAAAACUUCAUUUUAAAAACCUUUUGGAUGCACAGAAACAGUAAUUAUUUUAUUAGUCAAACGAGUGCGUAAUUGGUCUAAAAUAUGAAAUAAAAACUUUAUACGCAUUGUUUGUCAGCAAAUAAAUUCUUAUUCUUCAACGUAUCGUGUGACUCGAUAGUGACAUUUCUUAUAUCACAUCACAUUUGAAAGACCUUAUUAAGUUUAAAUAAUUGUAAGAAUAUGUUACCAAUAAUUGUUUUAGAUCAAAACCUCAAAAUACAAUUGGAACAGUUCUUUAUGAUGACAUUAAAAGAUGCAGCUAUUUACACUGUUCUUAAUUGUUUUAUGUAUUAGUUUUAGGAAGGUAUCUACCAUUUUAUUGUGGCAAUCUAUAGGAUUAUAUUUAUCUAUUAUAUAUCUUAAUGUUGGAUUCUCUUUGACAUAACCGAUAAAAAUAUCUGGAUCAUAGAAAUGACACUAAGUAUUGACUGAAAUUUUCUCCAGAUAAUUUUUAUCUUCAUAUUUAUAAUUUCUUCCCUUUAAUGACGCGAUGCAUUUAAUUUUACAAACUUGACUUUUUUAUCUUAUCCAACAUAUUUCACUAAGUCAGUUGUUGUUGAUGAAACAACUUGGAUAAAGGUGAAACAUUGUUCUAAAUUAUUUAUCAUUAAUAAUUUUGUGUCGUAGAAACUUAAUUAUUAAGUAAGAAAGACAGUAUUUAUAGAGUAAAAAUAUGUAUCAAUAGGAAAUAGCUUUUUUUGAUAGUGAUAAGUUAUCAGUUAACAAAUUGUUUUGUUUUGGGAACAAAAAUGUCUCCCUACUCUUUCGUCUUUCGCACAAUAUUAAUUUUUCUUUCUGUAUGAAUUAUUCUAAACGUUUUUCCGUAUACAGGGUAGAAUGUUAAUUACAUCAAAUAAAGGCACUGCCUUCAUUUAAUACUGCAUGUAAUUUAAUAGAUUUAAUUAAAUUUCUGAUUGUA